AUGGAAGUCAAAAACUUGCAUCGCAAAAUGGAUACUGGCGAUUUGGAAGGUUCCACCAGGCGCAAUAGCCAUCGCGGUUCGACUUUGAAAGCGAAAGCUACAGACACUUUGUCAGUGUCCGGGACGUCUUCUGCUGGCAACAGCUUGACGGCCAGCGUACCUUCGGAUUCUAGUAAAGACACCAAAUCGUCACCCUCGUGGACGUCGUCCAUCUCCACCAUUACGGAGGAGCUCCCGGCCCCAGAGGUUCCGGAAUCUAUGACGAGAGUUUCCUCCUCCUCGAGUGUUGCCUCGAUGCAAAACCGUUCUGCACCAGUGGGCGCUUCUUCUUCUUCAUCGCCACCGCAGCUCAAGCGUGGGAAUAGCGACGUCGUUCGUUCCUGGAACGUUCUUCCCAAAAUUGGCGAAACCUUGCAUCAACACAAAUAUUCCAUGAAUGUGGCUGUUCAUAGUGUAAACGGAACCCCUAGGCGAAUCGUCUAUGACCCUCGUUACAAUCCCAUCUGCCCCAAGCUUGAAAUAUUUUAUAUGUUCAACGCCCAGUCACCGCCCGUGGAUUCUUAUGUUCAUGCCAAAUCCAGACUGCAAUCCUUCGUCAAGUUUCUGGAAGUCUACCACAAUUCAAGAAGAUUUGCAGCUGCUUGCAUGCCAUUUAAUGUCAGUGUUUCUGCGAACGCUCUUGCUAGUGGCUAUCCGUCAUUUACUUCAGGCGUGAAUUACCAGGAAAUCGGAGAAGUUAUCCAACUCUGGCACCUACAAGCACUGAAGUUUUUGUUAGACAAAAAGUCUUUUCUUUACUCAAGGGAUAUUGUAGAGUAUUUGGUGGAUUUUGCUCCCAAGAAAUAUGCGCUUCUAAAGAACAAACCGUUAAGCGGAGAUGCAGCUUCCCGGACUUACGAGGAAACAGUUCAGAGAGCAGAUAUCUUACUUCUACGAUGCUCUUUCGAGGAAGAACUAGGAUGGCAGCUGGCUCUGGACGAACCUAACUGGAAUGUUAUCGACCUGUUUAUCGAUUUCUCACUUCUCCGGAAACCCUCAUUCACUACAGGAUAUGAUGACCCCAAUGACACUCUGAAGCUGCGAUAUGAAAACGAUGAAAAUCUAUUUUCCAGCUCAUCGGCAAGUUCGGCCUCGAGCGCCUCUUCGCCUGGGUCCAAUUCUAAUUCACCAGGUGCGAAGGUACAAGAAGACGUCACAUCACCUGCACCCAAUGGAAGUAAAAGCGUCUCUUCGCCACCCCAGUCUAUGCUGCAGUCUUCUCGACCAACAAAAAGUUCAUCAAUAAUAGUUCAGGAUUGUGUUGGGCGUGAUUUGGCUGAACUGUCACCGAAGAUGCAGCAAAACCAGGAAAUAGCUGAAAGCCGGAGACCCAGCGUCUCCGAGACACCAAGUCAAGAGAGUCUUUCCGAGCCACAGGUGAAAGGAAAAGGCAAGAAAGAACAGACUAGUAUGCUUGGUCGCGGCUCUUCAGCCUUUGGGCUAUCUAGUUUCUUUAGAAGAAGGAACUCGCAUGCUGGUGUCGAAAAGAAUGAUUCGGCAGCCAGCUCUCGACAAUCGUCACCCCAUGAAGCCGCCAAAGUGCCUUUGAAUAUUCAAAACAAAUAUUUGGAAGACUACUAUGCUUCAACUUUGGCCAACUAUAGAAAGCUUGUCACUCCGGCGCAUAAGCUAUUCAGUGAAAAGGUAACAUCAAAGCAAGAUCAACACGAAAAAACACCAGGGGUAAAAGAGACAAGGUCUUAUCAGGAGGAUUUUCGUCAAGUGAAGCUACCCUUUAAUGACAAUGCACUUCCGGUCGUGAUGUGCCCUGAUAUUUGGUUUUCAGUUGAGCUUCGAAAGUGGAAAGGGCUUCUCAGCGAAAUAUUUCGAUGUAUCAGACCGGGGGGCUAUCUGGAGACUUCUACGUGCAAUUUUGCAACUGUAAACGAUUGCAAUGAUCUUGAAAAAUCAGCUAAUGAGUUUUCUACUUCUGCUGAGAUGAAAGCCUUGAAGGAUGCCAUAUCAUUGGAAGCAGCUAGGACCGGUAUCCAAGUUUUCCCUAUGAGGCAUCUCGUACCAGUCCUUAAAAAGGUCGGCUUCGUCAAUAUAAAGCAUUCGGUGGUCAGCAUCAAGAGAGGUGACCUGACCAACAAGAUGGGCAUGCUUUUUGAGUUCCUAGCAAUGCACCAAUAUGACUAUCAGUUGCGGGCAAACUUUCUUUCUUCUAAAACUGCACCUGCUGGUACUGACUUAGCUUCUUUCCCGUUGCGCUACAUUAAUGAACAUAUGGACAAAGCCGACGAAAACGCUGGCGUUCUGCGGUUUGUUUUGAUAAGUGCUCAAAAACCAGAUGUCGGGACAGAUACUAGUUAA